UCGUGUGUACUGUGAAAGUUUUGUCUCUUUAUACACCGCUGUUGAGGGCUAGUGGCUCUCUAUUGUCUAAUGGCUCUAUCAACGGCGAUAGUGUAGGACGUUUUUGGCUUUUUGUACAAGCGUGUAAUACUGGGCCUUUUUCAGCCCGCCGGCUCUAAACUGAAGUUCUUCUCUUUAAAAAAAAUCUAGAUGACGGAAUUAAUUUUGUAAGGAAGUUCGCACUUCGCAGUAGCAAGUAAAGUUCAUGGGAAAAAAAAAUAUUGAUUACUUGUUCAAGGUAAAAAAAACAAACACUAGAAUUACUGAAAUAAGAGAGGGAAUAUGAAUAUCGAAUAACGAAUAUAACGUUUCUUGGCCAUGAGUUUCAUGACUCUGCCACUGGUGGCGCUAGCGAUUGCAGUCUUGCAGGAUAAAGUUUGCUAACAAGAUCUAAAAACAUAGAUAUGGUUCACUUACUGAAGAUCUGAAUAGAAACUGAAACUUGCUCAAAAACUUCAGUAAUGUUUUGAUCCUAAAGUUCAACCCCUUCUUCGGCCCUUCCUUCCAGCAGAGUUGUAUUAGCUUAUCAAUGGCAAAUAAGGUGUGUCUACAAAAAAGUCAGAAAUGCCCAAUCUGUUCUGAGUUCGUGAGCAAAGGGAAUAAGAAAUCUCAUAUCGACAUGCAUUUUAGAAUUAAAGAAUGGCAAUGUCAGUUUUGCAAAAAGGUUUUCUCUAACUGGGAAAGCUUUCAGGCUCACCAACUAGUUCACUCAAAAACGACAAAUUCAAAUGAAUCGCUGAAUAACAGUGACGUGAUUGUGGAUUCUGGUUCAAAAAAAUUGCAGUCAAGGUGCAAAUAUUGCCCGAAAAAAUUCAAGUCUCCAUCGCUAAUGACGACCCAUGUGCUUAGACACUCCGACAAACGGCGCUACACCUGCCAUCUCUGUUUUAAAGAAUUUAAAGACCCUUAUUACAUUUGGGAGCAUUUGAAAACCGCCCACCCGAAGACAAACAACAAUUCCAUAACAGUAAAGGAAAUGUUUGAUCGUCAGAACUCAUCAAAGAAGCCCAUUGUGACGCCAGUCGAGUUUAAUGGAAAGGAUUUUCAGCUCAAAGUUGGAGUACCAGAUUCUAUGAAAAAUGUUAACCUGUGGCCGAGGGUUAUUUUGUCACGAGAGUUGACUGACGCCAUGUCCAAGUGUGUUUGUUAACCCUUGGAAGAAGGCAAGAAGCCGUACUUUUUACAAUCAAGCUUAGCUUAGAAAGAACGAAUCUUCAGUAAUCGAAAAAUAGAUUACUUUUAUUAAUUUCUUUGGUUCAAGUAUUUUUGACUAUGCUUUAAACGCUAUAACAAUACCCGUUGACGGCUUUAUCCAUUUUUUCCUCCAAUUGAUACUGAUAGUAACUACAAGUCUUUUUGUAAAGUAUGUCAUGCGUGAUGCGACAUGUUUGUGAAGAACACAAUUUUAUUAUGUCUAUCCAGCUACGUACGUCUUAUUGUAACCGUAAUUUGUGUUGGAAGUUUGAACAUUGAUUUUUUAAAAAUUA